AAUAUUUGUGCUCUCACUGUUUAGAUGAUUUGAUUGACAGUUGACUGAUGAUGAUUAGUCUGAUGGCCAGCGACAGCGACAGACCACAGGACAUCCCCAAACAAUCUCAGCAGGGCUCGAACAUGAGAAUUUGUUUAUGAAUUUUUUUUACCUGCAGCAAUUCUCAAAGGUCCAUAUAGUAAGCAGUCACCAUGGAAACCAUUUCAAAAAUGAAGAGAGCUGCUUCUAGUGUGGAUAGUAAUUUGUCAGAAGAUGGAGAAGUUCCACCAAAGAAAACUAGACAGAAUGAAAGUGUUGGAUUGUUUAAGUAUGACGCGUCGGCAUUCAAAGAUGAUUCACAAAAAACUGAAGAAUAUGACAUAAACGAUGCCCUGACUACCUUAAGCAGCCAGGAUAGUCUCCCCCUGCUAGAAUCUAUAGAAAGUUUAGGAGAUAAUGAAUAUGUAAAUACUAAGUCAGGUGACUCUCAGAACACAAAUGGUACCCACACCUUCCUCAGGCAUUCACAAAUAAAAACAUCUCAGAAUAAUAAAGUUUGUAAAAAUUAUUUAACAAGGUUAACAAAAAUACCAUCUAUACAGCAAGAUGCAGAAGUUAUUUGUAGUGUCAUACCACAUGCAAAUUUUUGUACUGUUUAUAAAAAGUUAGAACAGAAUCGAGGUACAGCAAAUCGCAUGGACAUUGUGUUCACUGAAAUUCUUGAUAGUACAGAAGAUCUUAAUGAAACCAGAAAACAUGAAAGUGAAAAACCAAAUGAAAGUACGGAUGCUAAAACAAGAGAGCACAGUAUUGCUGCAAAAGAUUUAGGAAAAGACGAUGCAGGGGGAGAUAAGAAAUUAGUUUGCAGUCAUCCUGAAGAAAGUAUUUUUGAUGAAGUCAGUUUGGUUGUGAAAGCUAUACCAGACUCAAACCCAAAUGAAGUGUAUGAUAUGUUGGAGGUACUAGAGGUAGGUAGCGAUCGAGUCAAUCAAGUUGUCAAGCAGCUGAAGGAAAAAAAUAACAUGGCAGCGAAAUAUUCUUUAAAAAAGGAUGAUUCACUUCCAGAUGAUCCAGCUUUGAGAAAUGAUCCCGUGUUUCGGGACAUGCGAAUAAUCUCUAAGAUGUUUCCCGGCAAGGACCGUAAUGAAAUCUAUGCGUACGUGGAAGCCCACCAUGACAAGAGUGACCGAGUUCAGCGAGUUAUCGAGGAGCUUCUGAAGUCUGAAAACAGUAGUCAGGACCAGUCUCUGUCCCAGGAUAUUACUGAGCCAGACUGCUCUAAACUGGCUCACACAGUCCGUGGAGCAUUCAGACUGCAAGAUGAAGUGGACGAUUUACGAGAAAUUUUCCCCGAUUGUGAUCCAAACUACAUAUUUGAAGAGCUGGAAAAAAGGAGUGAUGAUCAGGAGAGAGUUAAGAAUCUUGCUGGUCACAUGUUUGAGAGGAGAAACUAUCCUAAGUUGAAAGAUGUUCUAGCUAGGCAGUCUAAGCUUGCUUUGAAGAAUCGCUUGACCAGGUUGAAGUUUAACAUGGAGAUCUUUCUGUCAAAGUUUCCUGACCCACUGAAGACGUUCUACGACUGUGAUAAGAAGAUGACGGAGAACUACAAGAACCAUUGUCUCAUUCAACUGAAGAACGACUUUCCACGUCUCAAAGAUGGCUACAUGAAGACUGUCCUUGAGUCUCACAACCACCACUACACGCCAGUCAGGAAGGAACUACAGAGUCAACAGGCUCAUCUGUCAGACACAGGUCGACAGUCAAAGAAGAUAAGAAGUCAACAAAGAGAGUCACAAAUACCACUGCCGGAAGAACCUGAUGAGUUUUUCUUUCACGAACUCUUGUUUUAUGAAAAUGAAGGACGAAUCAAAGAGCAUUUCAAAGUAAAAGAAGAGGAGCGACAGCUGCAGGUUUUGCUAGCGAAGGAGAAAGGGGAGCUGUACGAGUGUGGCUGCUGUUUUGAUGACGAGUGUCUGUUUGAAGACCUGUUUGCUUGUGCGGACGGCCACCUCUUCUGUAAGGAGUGCGUCCGGCGCUCCACAGAAACCGCGCUUGGUGAGGGUAAGACCAGGUUCCCGUGUCUGACAGGAGCAUGCGAUCACGAUGUCCCUCUGUCGAGUCUUCAGCUGCUGCUGCCGAGCAGUCUGUUCUCGCGCCUGCUGCGGAACCUGCAGGAGGAGGAGGUUCAGAAAGCUGGGAUUCCCGACCUCGAGACAUGCCCACACUGCAGCUUCGCCGCCAUCAUGCCCGACCCCAACAACAAGGUGUUCCACUGUCUCAACACAGAGUGCCUCAAGGAAACAUGCAGGUUCUGCAAAGAACCGAAUCAUGUGCCUUUGAAAUGUAAUGAGGUUGAAAAACAAGGGGAGACAAACAUGAGAACUUACAUUGAGACUCGGAUAUCGGAGGCCAUGCUGCGCCAGUGUCAUCGGUGCAAGAAGCGUUUCUAUAAGGACACUGGCUGUAACAAGAUGACGUGUACGUGUGGAGCGUCGUCCUGCUACGUGUGCAGAGAGCCAGACAUCGACUACGACCACUUUUCUGAACACCCAGAUUGUGGCAAUAUAGAACAGGCCGAGGUGAUACACAAAAGGGAGAUGGAGAAGGCGGCUGAGGAAGCCAAAGAACAAUAUCUGAGAGAUCACCCUGAUGCUGCGCAGUUAUCUCUGACAUACGACCCCAUCAAAUACAUAGAGCAGUAUAAGGUGUCAUCUCCUAAUGGAUUUGAGACUGAGGAUGUUGAUAAUGAUUAUGGCAGUGAUGAAGAUUGUAGUGAUUAUGACUCUGAGUAUGACUAUGACUAUAACUAAGUCCACUUAAUUUCGUAAGGGACAGAUUCAUAUCAUACAGGGUAACCAUUACUAUCUGCCAGUCUAAAAUCAGGUUUGGGUGCAGAAAACAGACUAAAAUUCUUUAAUAACGGAUCAAUAUCCUGUUCUCUUACAAGAGAUCCUGUUAUGUAACAAUGUGCCAAGAUCCUGUUCUCUAAUAACAGACUGAGAUCCUGUUAUGUAACAAUGUGCCAAGAUUCUGUUCUCUAAUAACAUACUGCGAUCCUGUUCUCUUACAACAGAUCCUGUUCUCUUACAACAGAUCCUGUUCUCCAAUAAGAGAUCCUGCCCUCUAAUAACAGACUGAGAUCCUGUUCUCUUACAACAGAUCCUGUUCUCCAAUAAGAGAUCCUGCCCUCGAAUAACAGACUGAGAUCCUGUUCUCUUACAACAGAUCCUGUUCUCCAAUAAGAGAUCCUACCCUCUAAUAACAGACUGAGAUCCUGUUCUCUUACAACAGAUCCUGUUCUCCAAUAAGAGAUCCUGCCCUCGAAUAACAAACUGAGAUCCUGUUCUCUUACAACAGAUCCUGUUCUCCAAUAAGAGAUCCUGCCCUCUAAUAACAGACAGAGAUCCUGUUCUCUUACAACAGAUCCUGUUCUCCAAUAAGAGAUCCUGCCCUCUAAUAACAGACCGAGAUCCUGUUAUCUUACAACAGAUCCUGUUCUCCAAUAAAUGAUCCUGCUCUCCAAUAAGAGAUCCUGCCCUCUAAUAACACACAGAGAUCCUGCCAUCUAAUAACAGACUGAGAUCGUGUUCUCUAAUAACAGAGAUCCUGCUCUCUAAUAACACAGAGAUCCUGUUCUCUAAUAACAGAGAUCCUGCUCUCUAAUAACACAGAGAUCUUGUUCUCUAAGAACGGACUGAGAUCCUGCUCUCUAAUAACACAGAGAUCUUGCUCUCUAAUAACAGAGAUCCUGUUCUCUAAUAACACAGAGAUCUUGUUCUCGAAUAACACAGAUUCUGCUCUCUAAUAACAGAGAUCCUGCUCUCUAAUAACACAGAUCUUGUUCUCUAAUAACACAGAGAUCCUACUCUCUAAUAACACAGAUCUUGUUCUCUAAUAACAGACUGAGAUCCUGCCCUCUAAUAACGACUGAGAUCGUGUUCUCUAAUAAGACUGAGAUCCUGCUCUCUAAUAAAAUAGAGAUCCUGUUCUCCAACAUCACACACUGAUCCUGUCCUCCACUAACACCCUGAGAUCCCUAAAAGAUCCUGUUUUAUAACAAGAAACUGUUAGACAUACAGCACACUUUUGUACAUUUGUCUGACCUGAACAUAGAACAUUGUUUUCAGUUAUUUAUUCUCAUUUUCAUGGAUUUGAUCAAAGAUGUACACAUUGUUAGUCAUAAAAAUUAAGUUAUUUUUUUUUAUUGCCAUGAAGUGUCAUUAUUAAAAUUAAAUAUAUAUAUUAUU